AUGUCGCUAUUGCAGACGUUCCGGAACCUGUCGCCGAGGAUGCGCCUGGGAGUCGGUGUCGGCAUGCUCGCCUGGGGAGCGAUUGGGCUGCAGCUGUCCGAUCGUGCUGAAGACAAGUACGGCCUCAAGGCUAGCGAAAAGGACCACGCUGCCCUCAAUCAGAUGGUUCCGACCAUUGUCACAGUGGACAAGGCCAAAGGUCGGUGA